AUGCUCGAAUUUAAGCCGGCCUACGAGUACAGCAUGCCCGUCGCCAGCGACUCUUCGUCGGCGCAUGUAAACUCUCGUGCCGCCGAUGCUUGUCAUGCGACCUGUAUGUCUUCGCAGAGGCAGAGCGGCUUCUUAGAGAACAGAAUGGCGAAGGCCCACAUGAGGGCGGCUGGCUCUGGCCGUGGUGCUGGUGGGAAGAAAGGCGCUGCAGCGAAACCGGUCAAGGUGAAGUUUACUGUCGACUGCCAGAAACCUGUGGACGACAAUAUCAUCGAGGCCAAGGGACUGGAACGAUUUUUGCAGACGCACAUCAAGGUAGAUGGCAAGUGCAACAAUCUGGGCGAUCGCGUCCAGGUCUCGCGCGAAAAGGCGAAGGUGUUUGUGACUGCAGAACUGCCGUUCUCCAAGAGAUACAUCAAGUACCUGACGAAGAAGUAUCUCAAGAAGCAGAUGCUGCGAGACUUCAUGCGGGUGGUCAGCAGCCGCGAUACAGUUUACGAGUUGCGGUACUUCCAAAUGCCUCAGGAAGAUGAGACCGCUGCGUAG